AUGGAGAACUCAACCCAAGUCAAGUUAUUUUAUCUCUUUGGCUUAAAAGAGACAUUUAACAACAAAUCGGUCUAUUUUAUCUUGUCUCUUAUCACAUACCUUCUCAUCAUCACUGUGAAUCUGCCUCUGAUCAUAACAAUCAUUCAGGAGAAAGGCCUCCAUGAGCCCAUGUAUAUCUUUCUGUGUAGUUUAUGUGUCAAUGGAUUGUAUGGAACUGCUGAUUUCUACCCCAAGUUGUUACUGGACCUUCAGUCAGAUGUUCAGGUGAUAUCUUAUGGUGGAUGGUUCACUCAAGCCUAUGUAAUAUACACAUCUGUCAUGUGUGAAAUUUCUAUUCUAACAGUGAUGUCUUACGACAGGUAUGUGGCAAUAUGCAGACCACUACUAUACCAUACCAUUGUGACAUCUUUAACUGUUAGAAAGUUACUCUUAUUUUCUUGGUGUUAUCCUUUAUUUAUAGCACUGAUAAAGACAUGUGUGCCACAUUUAUUGACAAUGGUUAUUUUCAUCACAGUGACCCUGUUUGAUACUUUGCAAGGGUGGAAUAGUAAUAUAAAUAUUACUCUAAAUAUGCGUAAUGCAAUGGCUGUACAAUUCCUUGUUAUACCACCUGUCUUUAACCCUGUCAUAUAUGGACUUAACCUCCAGCAGAUUCGAAGAGCAGUUUUUAUAAAGUGA